AGCUCGCAGGGAACUUGCUGACUGCACCGAUCGGGAGGCGAGCGGGGACAGGGGAGGCCGUAGAACUCUCGGAUCUCCCCCGUUCCAUCUGGGCUCCCGGGGAGCUCGCGCCCUCGCACAGCAGCGGCGCCUCCUCCUCCUCCUCUUCCCCCCUCCGCCCCCCACCCCACCCCCACCCCCGUUUUCUUUUCUCUCCCUCUCUCUUUUUUUUUUUUUUUUUUUUUGCAAAGGCGCUGGGCGGCGCCACCCUCCGGCCAGAGCGCCGCACUACACAACCCCCUCCGACUUUCAAUGUUCCACACUCCCCGGCCAGAGCCUCCUCUGCUUCUUUUUUUUCCUCCCCCCCCUUCCCCCCUCCCGGCUGCUUCCAUUUCCUUAAGGAAGGGUUUUUUUUUUCUCUCCCUCCCCCACAUCUUAGCUGCGUGUAAGCGGGACAGGACGGCGGUGAAGUUUUCAGAGAAAUAACUUGACCAAGAUGUCCAGUGAUAGGCAAAGGUCAGAUGAUGAAAGUCCAAGUACCAGCAGUGGUAGUUCAGAUGCAGAUCAGAGGGACCCAGCAGCUCCAGAACCUGAGGAACAAGAAGAAAGAAAACCAUCUGCCACCCAGCAGAAGAAAAACACCAAACUCUCUAGCAAAACCACUGCUAAGUUAUCUACUAGUGCUAAAAGAAUUCAGAAAGAGCUAGCUGAAAUAACCCUUGAUCCACCUCCGAACUGCAGUGCUGGGCCUAAAGGAGAUAACAUAUAUGAAUGGAGAUCAACUAUACUUGGACCACCAGGUUCUGUAUAUGAAGGUGGUGUGUUUUUUCUGGAUAUCACAUUUUCAUCAGAUUAUCCAUUUAAGCCACCAAAGGUUACUUUCCGUACCAGAAUUUAUCACUGCAACAUCAACAGUCAGGGAGUCAUCUGUCUGGAUAUCCUUAAAGACAACUGGAGCCCUGCUCUGACUAUUUCAAAGGUUUUGCUGUCUAUUUGUUCCCUCUUGACAGAUUGCAACCCUGCUGAUCCUCUGGUUGGAAGCAUAGCCACUCAGUAUUUGACCAACAGAGCAGAACAUGACAGGAUAGCCAGACAGUGGACCAAGAGAUAUGCAACAUAAAUGGCGUCUUUUUUUGCUCAGUGCGAAGAAGCAGGAGGCCUCUUUACACUGUGCAGCAAAUCUUUAUAGCCUUUACAAUACGGACUUCUGUGUAUAUGUUAUACUGAUUCUACUCUCUGCUUUUAUCCUUUGAAGACUGGGAGACUGCCCAAAAAGGUAAAUGCUGUCACGAGUAGAACUUUGUAGCUGUAGAUUAGUUAUGUUUAAAAUGCCUACUUGCAAGUCUUGCUUCUUUGGGAUAUCAAAAUGUAUUUUGUGAUGUACUAAGGAUACUGUUCCUGAAGUCUACCAAAUAUUAUAGUGCAUUUUAGCCUAAUUCAUAAUCUGUAUGAAGUUAUUAAAGUAGCUUGUAGAUGACUAGAAAUUAUGUCAUUUGUAUUAAACCCAGAUCUAUUUCCAAUUAUGUGGUACAUGCUGUUGUGGAAAAUGUUUUACCUUUUACCUUUGUCAGUUUGUAAUGAAAGGAUUUCCUUUUACCCUUUGUAGCUCAGAGAGCGAGCACCUAAUGUAUCAUCUCGAACACAAUAAACAUGUUCCCGGAGGUGUAGUUUCCUUGUCUUAAUGUUCUAAGUUAAUCUUUGAAGGGAUUUAUAGAUCAACAGUAGAUAUAUCUGGUAUAUUUAUGGACAAGAUAAAAAUGCUGGGCACACUAUUAAGUGCUAAUUGUGGAACCUUAAAUAUUUAAUUUUUAUUAAACCUAAUUGAAAGUAUAAACUUGCUCCCCUGAGUUAUAAUGAGCUUAACCUGUAACUACUGGAGGUUCUUUGGACCACCCUGGGUCAUAUAAAAAGCCCUAUGCAGGGCUAAAAGAAAUAAAACAUCUUAGAUAACUCAGGUUACUCAAAAUAUAAAUUAUGUUAUUUCAGAGCCGGAGGGGAUGUUAAGGGAUCAUUUCAUCCAGUGAUGUCAAACUCAGAAUAGAAAAGCAGACCACUAAACUGUACAUAUGAAUCCUUGUGGGCUGCAUAUUGACUUAGAAAACCACAAAUUAACAUUUUUUAUGGUUUUUUUUUACUGUAUUUUUAUUUAGUUAAAUUUUCCCAAUUAUAUUUUAAUCUUGUUCAGGCCUCACUUUGGGAGUGUUGUGGGCUGCAGUGACGCCUCAAUGUGUGGCAGACAACUCUGAUCUGGUCCAAAAACUUCAUUUUAUAGAUGGGGAAACUGAGUUCUAAGAGUUGAAGUGACUUCCUUAGGUUGUAACAGGCAGGCAGUUAGUGGCUGAGCCAGGACUAGAAUUCAGUGCUUCUUAUUCUAAGUUCUAACCCAGAGUGCUUUCCACUAUAACUUGUUGCCUUUGGGAUUUUUUGCUUCUGGGUUGAAGUCUAUCAAAUCAAUAAUAUUAGAUAUUACUGGCUUGAGAUAGUAAUGUCUCUUAUAUUUUCUUGUGAAUGGGCCAUUUUUUUCCCCUCUCAUUUGAUGCUUCUGCUGGACUUCAGUUUUUAUAGAAUGCCAUUCAUUCACAUUAUUAAUAUUAAUUUCAGCAGAAAUACUAGGACAAAGUUAAGCAAAAAAAAAGAAUUGAUUAGUCAUUAAGUUAGAAUGGAUUUGUAGAAUUCGUGUGGAGAAGCACAUAAUAGUAUUGCUUUUUUUUAAAAUCCACUUUAGUGUUUUUAAAUGUCAUAGUCCUACCCAUCUUGUGGUUGCAUUUAUUAGCAAUCAGGGAUCUUUUGUUUUUAUUGCAAUUUUCACAAUUGGGAGUAGAAUUAAGAAAGUCCUAUUUUGUGAUUAGGAUAACUUUUGAGAUAUUAUUGUCUAAUAACAUAGUUGGAAUCCCAGAAUAAUUUUAUAAAGGUCUCUUCUCUAGUUACUGAAUACAGCUCCCAGAUCAAAAAUCUCUGGCAUAAAGUUCAUGGUAUGUAGCUCUUAAUAGGAAAAUUGAUUCAAGGUCAGAAAACAGCCCCUUCUUAGUUGUGUGCACUGUCACUAAGAGUGCCUCUAAGUGUACGUGGAAAAUAGUUUUGUUAAAGUAGAAAAGUCUUAGAGGAAUGUGUGCAAAGAUAAAAUUAUACUUUUGUGUCUACCUUUCAUCGAAACCCUCUUUACUAAGGGAAAUGGGUUAAAAAAUAAAUACAUUAGUGUUGCACUUGCAUACUCAACGUUGGCUCUCUGAAAAUCCUUCAGUGUAGCUGGUUUGAGGAGUGAAAAUAUACUUUUGAGGUCCUGCUCACGUUGUACCAGUGGGUUUUAUCCCAUUCACCAGACUGAGAAAAUGAGGUGUUUAACCAUUCCUACUUUCUACUGUACUGCUGCCACCCCUGUGCCCACUUCCCAUGAAAUAGGGGACAAAAAUGUCAUGAUUUUCUGUAUGCAUUAGGCAUAUGCAAAUUUCCAAAUGCUAAAAUGGGAUGGACAGGUAAGUUUUGGGUUAGAGAGAAGGUUGUUGAGAUUUUUUUCUUAGAGCCUAGUUUAAGCACCACUGCUCAGUGAGAAAAGAAUGAUUUCAAUAUAAGGGUGCUUAUAAAUGACCUAUAGGUACUUAACUGCUUAACCACAUCACUUCAGCUUUCUAAAAUUUCACAUUCUUCCUUCUUCUAUAUUCUGGCCCCCUAAAUCAGUGUUUAGCAGGUAUAGCCAGAGAUAAACUGAAUCAUGUUUUAUCAUCACGUAAACUUUGCCCACACCUACUAGAAACACAGGUUUGAAAGAUAUUUUUGUUAUAAGUCACCGAGAGUUCCUCAAAAUGGUCAUAGCAUGACAUGAGGAGUUCAUAUUAUAUGACAGAAGAACUUGCACUCAUGUCUACAGUAUCCCUUUAGAGUGAUGGUUUGAUGUAGUCCAAAAGAAUUGGAAUCUAGUCCUGGUUCUACCAUUACUUAGCUUUGUAACUUUAGGCAAAUGACUUAAUCGCUCUCCUCCUCAGUUUCUUCCUCUGUUAAAUGAAUGCUGAACCAAGUCAGUCUCUAAGCUCCUUCUGACUUUAACAUUCUGUGAUUUCAUUACAUACAACAAAAGCAAAACCUCAGUGACACUACAUUUAUUACUAUAUUUAUUUUGUGCUUGUGAGGUUUCCAUCUUGGUAAAGCUAUGAAAGAGAUGUCAUCAAACAGGUGGCUGGCUCUGUGUAAAGCUGCUCUGUUAAUAAGCGUCACUUAAGGUUGGAUUAAGCAAAAGGUAUAAUUAGUACCACCUAUUAGUUGCUUUUAUAGCAUCAUCAACUAAUUUUUAUUGAACACUCUCUUUGAAGCUUUGCUCCCAACUUGUCUCUUUUCUGUAUAAACUUAAAUUAAUAUUAUAAUAUUAAUUUGUAUCUUGACAACUUUUCAGGCAAAAGUUAGUUUUUCUUUUAAUCCAUUUUAUUUUUAAUGUUCUAUUUUAAUAUCUCAGAAACUUUUUAAAAAUUAUAAGCUCACUUAUUUUUAGCAGCUAUAAAAAAUCUUCACUCCCUCCGCCCCCCAUGAAAAGCAGAAAAUUACAUCAUAGUUAUCAGGUAUCAGAGGUUUUUUUUAAUUUGGGAGAUUAUUUGAGAGCUCAGUGGGUUCAUCAUGUAGGUAUAAAUUUCCAUAAUUUUUAUCUUUUUAACUUUGUGCCUUUUAAUAGAAUUUAUAUGGUAAUUAAUGUUGGUUUGAGUAAAGAUUGUUAUAAAUAUUUGAAAAUGACACUAAUUUGUUUAUCCAACUGCUAAAUAUUCAUCCACAGACUUUUGUAUUGUGGACUAAGUCAAAUAUUCAAUAACAAAUGCAUAAUUUUUUUUCAUAGAACUAUCAGGGUAUUCUAGUGUUAUAUUAUAUAUUCACUAAUAUUUACAAAAUACAUCGGUGUGUUAAAAUUUAAGUGAGUUUAACAUUUACAAUAGGAUGUAAAUAUGUUGUCCUUUGUAAUAAGGAACUUUGAAGUUUUAUUUAUUUUCUGAUGUUAAAGGUGUUUGUAGGGCCUUGAGUUAAUAUUCUACCUUUGUCAAUGUUUGGCUUGUUUAUCACAAUAUAAAAUAACCACCCUUAACUACAGAUUUUGAGUAUGAGUCCUACUGUUAACAGAUUUCCACCUAAAUUACUGUGCUGUUGGCAUGUGAUACAGACUUACUCAAUCUAUACUUAUGUUGUGUCCCUGGACAGAAUUUUAAUGACAUGACCUGGAACAUCAUGAAUUGAUUUUUUUUACACCAAUGCAAAUUAAAAAAUAAAUUACAUGAUAAUUCUUUGAUAAUUA